AUGGCCGCCCCGGCGAAGGCGCUGAGCGCGCGCGACAAGGAGGAGCUGAAGGAGAAGCUGGCCUUACUGCAGAGAGAAUACAGGAAGACGGUCAGCAGGCUGCAGCGAGCUGAAAGAACCGAGAAGGUCAAGAGUUAUGUCAAGAAAACAGUUGCAGAGCAAAAUCACUUGCUUCUGCAGGCAGCGGCUAAGGAGGACCCUGCAGGAUCCGCCAGUCAGGUGGCUCUCGAGGCCUCCGCCAGCAACCCGCCUGGUUCUUCCGAGACGAACGCCACGAAAACUCCGUCAGUGACCUUCAACCUUGAGCCGGAGGUGUUCUGCCAAGAAGGCCACUUGCCCAAGAACACGGGCCUGGCAUGUACCGAUGGGGAGCGCGAACAGAUUCUCGGUGGUCCCCUGCAGCCUGUUCCUGGGGAAAAACGGAACCGCCUGUCUCGAAGCAGGAGGAAGGGGCGGCCAACAGUGGCUUCGAAGGAGAUGAGAGAAGAUGCACGCGAUGGAGACCAGCCAGGGAAUGAAGGGGCCAGCCUGGAGAGUUCUCAGUCUCCGGUCUUCAUGGGACAAGGCAGCAGUUUCGAGAUGGAUCGGAGCGUCCCGAGGAUGCCCCCAGCGAUGGCAGUGAUGAGAGGAAGCGGCACUGCCGGCCCCGUGACACCCCAGCAAGAAGGCUUACAGGGAGCUCGUGGGGGAAACAUCCCUCCCAGGGUCCUCGGUCCACCGCAUGGCCACCUGUCGGAGGAGAGUCAGGGUCUCUCCUCGGAGGGCAUCUUUGCCACCUCUGAAGAUUCAGCAGUCAAGGACACGGCUUUGCCUGCCAAUGUCGAGAAUGUCUUAAAAGAAAAAGACGGAGGCAGGGAGGGCGAAGGAGACCCGGGCGAAACUGCCCCUCGUGAGGGAGGAAGUGAAACAUGCCAAGAAAGAAGCCCAUUCGGGAAGCUGCAGCGCUCCGGCCGUGGUGCCAGGGAGUCUCCCGCCCUUGAGCCAGGGAGGACGGGUUCUGGUGGGGAGGCUGAGGCUGGGCCUCCCCUCCUGGAGGCAGUCUCUCCUGCCACCCCCACCAACAGCCUCCUGGACUCCUGCACAGUUGUGGAAGGGCUCCUGUUUCCAGUGGAGUAUUACGUGAGGACCACCCGGCGCAUGUCCCGUUGCCAGCGGGAGCCGAACCUGGCAGCUGUCAUUCAGAGCCAGCUGGGCAAGAGAAGGAGGAGCCCGAGAGCCUCCCCGAAGGACAGAGUGGCGAGUCCCACCCCCGCCACCCAAGGGCUGCCGGCAAGUGGGUCCCUUUUCCCCCCUCCUGACGCGGGCCAGGAAAAGGGGAGUGGGUCUCCUCUGGCGUCAAAAGAGAGCCCCGGUCCUGGCGAAGGGCUGCCUCAGAGCGGGGCUGUUACGCAGCGGAGCAGAAGGGCAAGGUGGAAGGGGAGAAGGCGGCCCAGGCGUGGGGCUCUCGGAGGGAACCACUCUCUUGCGUUGAGUGAGGUGUGUCGACCUGAGCCUCAAGAGCAGGCUGGGAAUCUGGGCCUUGCCGGGGUAGAGCCGGAUCAGAGCGGUUCGGUGUCUUCGCAUCAAAGUAGACGUGGGAGCCAGUCAUGUGCGGGAGCUCCAGAUCCGGCUUUGCUCGGCUGCCUCAGGCUUCCCGGCACUCUCAAGUGGCUGCCCUCCGACUUGGCCCUCCAAGAAUUCCACUUGCCUGCGGAGGAGUUCGGCCUCCUUCAGUCGGAAAAAGUCAAAGCUUCCGCCGUAAAAGCAGCGGAGGUGGUGGGCGCUGGUGAGUCAGUCGAGUGCCUCCAGGGUCCUGAUCUGGCUGAGCUGCAGGCAGCAGAAGAGAGUCCGGGAGACGUUCUCCUUUCUCCAGAGGAUGAGCCCCCCGAGCUCUCCCCCCCUCUACAGGGCUUGCACACAAGCAAGCUGCUCCUCUCUCCAACCAAUGUUGUCCCGGAGGGGGGAAGCAGUCAGCUGGAAACCCAGCUGCCCACCCCUCUUUUCCCUGUGGUGGGGGCAACCCCGGCCACUCAGGACUGUUGUGACGCGCCUGGGCAAGCGCGAGCCGAUUCCCCUCAGGAGCCAAGUGCUGGAGCGGUGGGCACGCCGACGUGUGGCACGGAGGAAGAGCGAUACCCUGUGGGGAUGUCGUGCCCAGAGGGCGGAGGGGGAGCCAGCUGGGAGCCUGGCGAAGCAACCGUGAGCGUGGAUGCAAGGCAGAAGCUACCGUCUGAGUCUAGAGAGCACUGUGGGGCCUCAGCCAGCCAGCAGGAAAUAGCAGAAGACUUGGCACAGGGGCUGAAGCGCUGCCAGGAAGAAGGGAAUUUGCAGAUGACCUCCAAGCUAAAGAAUUCUGCGGGUUCCUGCUGCGUGGACAUGAGUGCCGUGUGGUGGGAAGGGGCGGACUUCACUGCGUUGUGCAUCGUGACCGCCUGUGAGACUUCCGUCGCCCUCUGGAGGCCCCUGGACUCCGGCUGCUGGGAGACCAUCCACACCUGGCGCUUUGCAGAGGUGCCGGUCUUCCAAAUCGUCCCUCUGCCUGGGGCCCACAGCCUUGUGUGCACGGCCUUGGGGGGCCUGGAGAUAGCCGAGAUCAGGCUGCUCUUUCAUUCUCUCGGCGAUGGCUGCCUUAAACAGCCGCUGGUCAAGGCCGGAAAUAUCAAGGCUGUCCUGGGCCUGAGUGGCAGGAGGCUGGUCAGCAGCUGUGGCCCAGCCGUGGAAGUCCUUUCCUUCCCUGACGCAGGAGGGGGCUGUGUGAGGCAGGCCUUGUCUCCUCCCGAGGAGACCACUUUGGCUUUUGCUGCAGUGGAUGGGAUGGCUGAGGCUUUGGUCGGCUUGAACGCCGCCAACUGCGUGGUGCUCUGGAACCUGAGGACUGGGCAGCUGCUGUGCCAGAUGCCACUGGGCUAUGCCUACCCUGCGUCAGUGUGCCACCAGGCGUACUCCGACUCGGGCCUCCUGUUUGUGGUUUUAAGUCACCCGCGUGCCAAGGAAAGCCAGUCGUGCGGCAGCCCUGCUUUCCAGGUGGUGGCAUUCAAUCCCAAGACAGCCAGGAGCGCCCAGGUGAUGAUCGUAUCCCUCCCUCCAGGGCUCCAAGGAAGGUACCUGGAAGGGGACGUGCGGGACACAUCCGCAGCAGCCGUGCUGACCUCCGGAGCCGUUGCCGUUUGGGAUUUGCUGGGGGGAGAGUGCACAGCUCUGCUGCCCCCCAGCGCCGAGGGGAGCUGGUCUCUCGUCAGGUGGUCGGUCACAGAGAAGUGUCUGCUGGCUGGCCAGGCGGACGGCAGCGUCUGCAUCUACAGCUAUGCGGCCAGGCCGUGCUCUGCCCCAGAGACGGUCCAGCGGGAUGGCCAGCAUUUGUGGGCCUCAGGGGUUCCUGAGAAGGGGGAACUGUCGCACAGAGAUUUCUCCGGCUCCCUGCCGUUUUGGCCGAGAACGGGCUGA